GAAGAUGGUUAAUCAUUUAUUCAAUUUACCCUUGUAGUUUCUGAUCUGAUCGAAAAAAAUGUGAAGAAGCGGAAAAUGAGUGCGCAUGCUGGCAGCCAAGAGGACACUAGUACCGAAGCUGGUGAUGGCCCAGAGAUCAGGAAAGUUGUGAUCAUCGGAGCGGGUGUUUCCGGCUUGUCGGCAGCCAAUACAUUGUUGAAGCAACAUGUCAGUGAUUUUGUCAUCUUGGAAUGUCGAAAUCGCAUCGGAGGAAGGGUUUGCGGCAUCGAGCUUGGUGGACAUCAUCUGGAACUCGGUGCCAGUUGGAUUCAUGGCAUUCUCGGCAAUCCAUUAUAUGAAAUGGCGCUCUCACAUAAGUUAGUUGAUAUCAACCACCAGCCGAAGCCUCGAAAUGUGGUCGCGCUGACGGAAGCCGGCCAGCGGAUUCCUUUCCGUCUAGUUCAGGAAAUUUACGACGCGUACUCAUGGUUUUUCCGGCGCUGUGAGGAGUAUUACCUCUCGCGAUAUGAUCCACCAGAAGGAAUUGACAGCGUUGGGGAGCACCUGUGUCUGGAAAUGGCAUUGUACCUCCAAGAAUUCCCUGUUCAGGAUCAGAAAAUCCGUCGGAUGCUCUUCAAUCAUCUUCUUGCCCGAGAAACCGUGAUCACCGGCUGUGAUUCCAUGCACGAAAUGAACCUUCUGGAAAUCGGAAGUUAUACAGAAUUACCUGGUGGUAAUCUCCAGUUGAGGAACGGCUACAGCGCUAUCAUUCCUGUGCUGAAGAAACCGAUCCCUGAGCAAGCCAUGCGUUUGAAGCACACAGUGACAAAAAUUAAAUGGAAAACCCCGAAGGCUUCGGCGUCUUCAGGCGGAGAUGGAUUGUGUGUUGACGAUGACGAAGACUUUGAUACUUCCACGGAAUCCUCGGAGAAUUCCAGAUCCACGGUUAUUGAUGCCAUGAAGCUAGAUCUCAUCGACGAAGAAGAUGAAGAACAACUUCCGAAUGAAGCUGAUCCUGUUCCGCUUCCGCCGCCGGACCUCGUGCUUCAGAAUCGGAAACGAGAACCCGACAUGGAUCUACACAGUCAGUUACGCGAUCUGAUUACCAAGGCAAAGUUCAAGACGAAACCCCAGGUGCCAUCAAAACCAAAACCCGAUACAGAGGAACCCAAGCCCGAGGAAAAGAAAUUCUUCGUAGAAGUUCACUGUGCGAAUGGGAAACGAUUUCUUGCAGAGCAUGUGAUCUGUUGCGUCCCGCUCGGAGUGCUGAAAGAAUCCGCUGAGACAUUGUUCGAACCCAGUUUGCCGAGCUAUAAGCUACAGGCUAUCCAAGCUCUUAAAUUCGGGGUCGUGAACAAGAUUUACCUGAUCUACAGUCGUCCUUUCCUGCAUCGCGAUCUUUCUGAGAUUAUUAUAUUAUGGGACGACGAUGUUGAUGAAGCUGUGACUGAGCAGCCGCUGAAGGAGACGUGGCAUCGGAGGAUUUAUUCGUUUUCGAAGGUUACUGAGGUUGUGAUAAUGGCUUGGGUAGCUGGGAAAGCAGCGGAAUUCGUGGAGACCCUAUCUAGUCAAGAGAUAUCCGAAAAAUGCACACAGAUGUUGCGCAAUUUUCUCAAUGAUCCCACAAGUUGGAAAAAGCAGCCUGGGUCACGUGGGUCUUACACUUCGAUACCUGUCGGCGGACAUCAGGUGGAUAUUGAAAGUCUCGGUCAGCCGCUGUAUUCUAGUCCAUUUCAUGACCUGCCGACUCUGCUGUUUGCCGGUGAGCACACGCAUCCUUCGUUUUAUUCCACUGUCCACGGAGCUUUCAUGACGGGUAGGGACGCCGCGGAAGCCCUGGCGAGUGUCGGUGCGUCGGACUCGCGUCCCCGAUCGCCGGCGUCCCAUCUCACCGUCGAGCUGUCGAGUAUAGCCGACCUGUCGAACUGGGUCCGCGGCAUGGGGAUCGCGUUGAUUUUCCCGAGUGUUGCUGUUUCAUUCGACUCUGAAAGGAUUCUGAUCGAAUCCUGA